CCUCAACAUCGCCCAACCCCACGCCUUCGAUUCGACUGGACACGAGAAAUAGGAAGAAGAACAAUCAAUUGAUAAAAGAAGAGAGCUCAUACAUCAACCCAAACCCUCAAAAUGGCAGGCGGUCACAUGAAAUACCGGCAUCUCAACCGCUCCUCCUCGCACCGACAAGCCCUCCUCCGCAAUCUAGUAACCUCCCUCAUCAAACACGAAUCCAUAUCCACGACCUGGCCCAAAGCAAGAGAAGCCCAGCGUCUCGCCGAGAAAGUCAUCACGCUAGGGAAGAAAAACACGGAAGCGAGUAGGAGACGAGCGAUAGAGAUCUUCUACGUACGUCCAUCUUGUCUUUUGCGCAAAAGCAGAUUUUUGGAUAGGAUAAAAAUAGCUAGGAUAAUAUAGAUACUGACUGGAGGAUAGACACCAUAUGAACUACUCCCCAAACUCUUUGGUCCCCUCCCCGAUGGGGGGGUGUCGCUGAGAGAACGAUAUGCGACUCGUCCAGGAGGUUAUACCCGCGUCCUACGCAUCGAGCCCCAGAAACCUGAUAUGGCGCCGUCAGCGAUCCUCGAAUUAGUCGACGGACCGAAAGAUAUCCGGUUUGCCAUGACAGCGCGGACGAUUGCGCGGGAGCGGGGCGAGGGGAAGAAACUCGGCGAGAUGACGGCGAGGAAUUUCGACAAGGUGACUCGGUUUAGACCUGGUGGAGAGGAAGAAUUGGAAAAUAUGGUUGAGAAGAUGGGAGACCUGAAGGUUGGAGAGAGAGAUAACGCUGCAAGUACGGAGAAGAGAUGGGGUGGAAAUGUAUGAAAAUGGAGCUUGUGAAUGGAUGCUGUGUAUGAGUGUGGAACUUUUUGUACAGAUACAGAAGCAUUGCAUAUUGAGGU